UGGUAUCAUGAUGGGGCAAAGUGUGAAACUUGUAUUGUUGGCGGUGGUUUGCUGCUCCUAUUUGGCGAAGGCUCAAACGGAGAUCCCGGAUCCAUUCGAUCAAGAUGCUGCUGAUUCGGAGACGAGUGAUGUGAUCGACGAGAACAGCACGAACCAACCGGAACGGACUGGUCGCAUUAUUGGAGGUACAAAUGCCGAUAUCGCCAACUACCCGUACAUGGCAUCGAUGCUGGUACACAGCCAAUACGAUCCGUUCUACUUUGGUGGCGUGGUCAUUACGGCAACCCAUGUCCUCACGGCUGCAUCUAGCUUUAAUACGAUGAUAGUCACCUCGAUCGUUGUCCGUGUUGGCAGUAGCUUCCUUACCAAGGGAGGGAAAACGUUCAACUAUAAAAGCUACGAAAUGCACAACCUGCACAACUUAACCACACUGGCGAACGAUGUGGCGCUUGUAACGAUCGAUGGAAGCUUCCGGGGCAUUCCAAAUGUGGCACCUAUUCGAUUGGAGCAUCACGAGUAUUUCAUAUCGGCAGCGCAUCCGAUAAAUUGUUUCGUGCUCGGCUGGGGUGAUGUUGUGCCCGGACAGCUGGCAGAUCGUCUCCAGCGGAGCGAAUACAUACUCUUGAACCACCAGCAAUGCGAAGCGAAAUGGGGUCCCAGACCUACCUCUGUCCAGUGUGCCCAGUCGGUGCGUGGCAAUGCGUGCCAUUUCGACGACGGUGGCCCGCUGAUGUGUAAUAACCGUAUGUACGGUGUUCUCUCGUACUUCAACCAGUUGGACUGCGAAAACACGACCUCUACGAAAAUCCACAUCUUUGGAAAGAUACCGGCACCUAGUAUCCAAAUCUAUCUUCAUCGCAAACUCCACGACUUCGGUUUCGGUGGUAAAGCGAUGUUUGUCGUAGCUCUGAGGAACUCUCGCAUGGAAUAA